UCUCGGCAAAGAUUGGUCCAGACAUCCGCAGUACUAUCAGCCAGCUUCCAGUGCCCUAUGAUGCGGAAGGACAUCUAACGUUAGAUCACGACGGAACAUUUUUCAAAGGAUUUUGCUGACUCUUAUGGAAGCUGAGACUGUGGUAAUGCUGCCUCCCAAGAACUGCAUCCCCAGAAACUACAGUUGUAUCGCUGGGCUUUUCGGAAGCUUGGCGACAGAGCAGAAGCUGGAGGACGGAGAAGACGACAUGGAGGAAGAUGAGGUCAAGAAUGGAGACUGUGAAGCGUUACAAAUCAACGUAGUAAAUACAAAGCCGAGAGGGAGAGAGUCGUUCCUGAAGCCCCCACACAGCCCGACUCAGCGCCGCAGGUGCAAGUCUCUCCCGACAUCGGCUGAAAGGGCCAAAUUAGAAAUCGCUAGAAGCCGGAGCCCAAGCAGUCAAAAAAAGGUGCGAUUCGCAGACUCUCUGGGACUGGAUCUGAUUUCUGUCAAGCACUUUGAUGACACGGAUAUGCCUGAGGUUCCAGACCGCAUUAUUGACAGAUUCAAAAAAGCCAGAGCUUUCCACUUGAAUAACUUCGACAACACGUCAAGCCAGUCUGUGUUUAUGGAGCUGCUCUUUACAAACCCAGGAUGCCUGCCUGACUUCCAGGACAGAGUCAGUGCAGGAAAGGUGUUGCUGGAGUCUGUUCAUGCUGAUGAGUUCUGCAUCUCGGGGGUCGUUCGCGUUCUCAACCUGGCUUUCGAGAAAAGCGUCUAUUUGAGGUACACCUUGAAUAACUGGACGUCCUAUACGGAUAUUCUGGCCUUUUACAUCCCCCAUUCUAAUGACGGGGAGACCGACCAGUUCAGCUUCAAAAUCAUCACCCCGACCUUUCUGGAGUUUGGAGGAACACUUCAGUUUGCCAUCAAGUACUGCGUAGGAGGUUGUGAAUUUUGGGAUAACAACAGUGGGAAUAAUUAUAAAGUAAGACGCCACAGAUUUAAAAUUUCUCCUCCGAGGGAAUGGGAGAACGGCUGGAUCCAUUUUAUUUAAUGCGCGUGUCAGCCGUUCCGCUAUGACGACCCUUGGCUCAUGAAUAUUCAUUAGGCGAGCGAUCCAAUGAGGGACUGGGUACAGUAAUAAACAUGAGCUAAGCGUUCGCCAUAGUAGGAUUAGUAUUGUCGCCAACAGUGCACCUCGAGGGAACUACUGACCUUACAUGCAAACCGUAUGUAGCAUAUACGUAAAUCGUACACGUUCAUUGUUUGUUGGUCAUUGUUUUACCAGUGUCAGUAGAUGGAAAAUGAAAUGGAUGCCAGAUGUACGACCACUAGUUGAGGAAUGUAAUUUGAGGUGUAAAGCACUGUUUAGCUAAGGCAGCCUUCUACAUGGAUGGCCACAGAAACAAAACCCAUCCUGUGUUCAUUGAAUUGAGCAGCACAUGAUCCUUUUUGGCUUCAGCUUCACUGCAUGUGCUGUAAUAGGAUAUUGUGUAAUUAUUACAUAAUCCUCAGUGUGCUUCCUACCCUUCAGAACAAGUGUAAUCAUAUCGCUUCAGCGUCACUGUUGCACAUCAAAAUGUGGCUGUAAGUGUUUAGGCUCCAUUGGAGAAAGAUUGUUUUUGACAUCCCUAAUAAUAAGUCAGACCUUCUAGAAAAAAUACAGAGCCCCUGUGGUGUCUUGCUGUCUAAGCCUUGUGCAUCUACUGUAUGAAUUGUUCACACUAUUUUUCUCCCUCGGGAAACAAAUACACCAAUUUGUAUUUUACUUUCAGUGUUUAAAAAUCACUUUUUUUUUUUGAAGAAAUCUGAUAAUUACUACUUAAUACAACUCAACUGUUAAAAAUGUAAAAAUACAAGUUAAGAAGAAUAGAUGUAGGCUGUUGUAUAAAACUGCUUUACUUUCAUAUUAGGAAUAAACAAUACUAUGGAAGACAAUGGCUACCAUUUUCCAAUAUUCGUCCAAAUAUCUUCAAAUAAUUUAAAAGAUUUGAGGGUGAACUGUCCACUUAACUGCAAUAAGACUGGUGGAGGAUGAAGUGGGAAAACAACCUUGUAGUCUCCAGUGCCACCAUUUCCCUGUCUACACUUCAUCCUACGUAACACUUUCCAAAGUACAGAGUCAGGUGCUGCUAAGAUAAGGCUAAAGCCCAACAACACCACAAGCUGAAGUGUUAUGGAUUUUUUCAAUAUUUAAUGGACAGAUUAGUUUGAGUGCCUCCUGAGCAUCUCUUCCCCUUAUACUGCUGUUUAAAGAAUUGUUCAGAAAUUAGCAGUUAUUUGAGGAGAUAUCCUAAAAGGUCAGUCUAACUCAUGUGCUUAAAAGCACCAUUACUCAAGGGUCAUUCUCAAAUCUCAAUAGUGACAAAUGUAUUGAUUUUUCUAUUAACAGGGGUUUGUCUUUCAGUCUUUAUAAACUAGCAAAGCCUCAGAGAACCUGACACUUGCACCUCCGGGGACUCCAUGUACCAGUUGCAGAUGGAGAAAAUGGUGGCACUGAGUGUUGCAGAUAAUGCACGGCUUUUACAAAAGUCCAAUUUGUUAGCAACAUCUACAAAUCACCUUUUAAUUACAAGCUUUAUUGUAAUGAUAUUUGAAAUUAGAAAAAUGUGCUUGGGAAAAAAAUAAUUUGAUCAGAAUAUUGAAUUGCCUAGUAAAUAUGCAUGCACUGUAUGUCUAUAUAGUUUUUGUUUUUUUUAAGAAAGGAAUUUGCAUGACAGCAUGACACCGAUGUGGCUCUGAAGAGUUUGUCGAGUUGUAAAAAGGAACAAAAGAGGAAUACUGUAGAUGGCUGAGGGAUAGAUUAAUUAUUGCCAUCAAAUAAUUGGUUGAACCGAUCUCAUGAGGAAGAGUAACUAUUUUACAUGUUGUUAGAAAAGUGUCCAAUUUGUUCAAAUUAAGAAAUGUACGACGUGUCCCUAAAUUACUUUGGAAUGAACAAAUAAUACUAAAAUGUGUGAAUAGAAAUGUUCAAAUUAGCCGGUAAAUAAAAAAGCUAUGAAUUGCCAUGGGAUUCCUAUGAAUUAAUCUUGCUGUAGGACUAGCUGGUGCUGCAUAUAAAUGUUAGUUGCUGUCAUUUUCAACAUAAUCUUCAAGUCGUUCCAGUCUUGUUUUACACAUAUUUUCAAUCUAUUUAUUUGGCAGCUGUUCAGUAAGUAGGAUAAUGUAGAGUCAUUAUCACAAAACAAUCCCCUCAAUAUAAAUCAGGGGUGUUAUUUUCAGCAGGUUAUUGUACAUUGAUAACCGGAGAUAACAAAUGAAUAUACGUCAAAAAAUAUCUAUACCUAUGUAUAUGUAUAUAAAAUCAAAUAUUUAAAAUAUAUUCCUUACGUUAGACCAAAUACAUAUCUACUGUGAAGAACACUUCCAACAUUUCCAAGUUUAUUUUUGAAUCAGAUGACAACUUUUUAAGAUGUAUUUUUUUGGAACAAAACCAAAUAUUUUCAGGUAGUUGAUGACUAUAAAGCCCAGACCUUAAUAAAAUAGGCUGUUAUACUGAAGUUAGCUUUCGUGCUGAAAGUGUUUUAAUAUACCUCACAUUGUGUAAGCAAGUAAGAGUGAAUUUUAAUAACAUGGGUGUGAAGGAUUAGUGAAGUAUUUCAUGUCAUUAGAAAUUUGUUAAAUGCUUUCAAAAGGUUGGAGUGGCGAGCAGUUAGUGAGCAGCUAGUUUUACGAGCUAUUAGUUUUAUUAGUUAGCAGUUAGGUUUGUGUCAGUGGAGCUCAGCUAUAAGGUUGCAGGGCAGAUUAAAUUGCUUCCUGAUCCUCUUGUUUUUGCCACAGGUACCCUGUAAAGCGAUUAAUUACCUGAGUAAACUCGUUGCCUUAAAAGCAACAAGUUGACUUUACUUAAAGUGUCACUAUUAUUGAUUUCUUUUUAAAGUACCUUCCAUGCAGUGUGUAACACUGCUCUAAGUGUACAUUUGAGUUUUAAACCUAAACAUUGUCUGUGUAUAAAGUUAUUGACUUUCAAAAAAUAGUCGACUAAUAUAAAUCAAAUGAAUCUUUAGCUGUUUCCAACAUGCGCUGCACGCAGUAGACCAAUCACAACAGACUGGGUCAUGGGACCAACCAUCGCAGAUUAGCAUCAUGUAAUGGAAGGGUUUAGAAAAUGACUCACAUCAUCAAAGUCAUAUGGGAUUCAUUACGAUAAUUUAAAUGCAAAUUAUUAGACAACAAAAAUGUUUGUUUUUUCCUUUUGACCUUGCAUGCAGUGUUGUUGGGCACUCCCCAAACCAAAAUAUUAACCUUUUAUAAUGCAUAAUAUAGGAUCAUUAAACAAAAUUGUAAACCCAUUGUAACUGUUAAUAUGAUAUUUUAUGUUUUAUAAUUAUGGACCUAGUUCAUUUACUUAAUAAUUUUAGGGAAAUGAGCUUACUCACUUUUUAAAGUAAAGUCAACUAAUAGCUUUUUACAGUGUAAUGGUUGAAAGAAAAUCAUGCCACUCGAAGCAGCACAUUUUAUCAGUGCCCUAUAAACUAUAUUUGACAUUUGUUAAAAAUGUUAAGCACUUUCAUUUAAGGCUUUUGUGUCUUCAGCAGCACUUUGAGAUGUUUAUUACUGAAUGACAAACGAUUGUAAAGCCUUUCACAAAGUAAAGUGUCUGCCCUUCGAAAAGACUUACAGUGCAUUCAGAAAGAAUUCAGACAUCCUCAGUUUUCACCCUUUGUGCAGACUGAUAUGAGAAUGAAUUAUUUGAAGCAAUAGCGUGCGGUCACAUCAGUGAAUUUGAAUUCACAAAGAAAUCACUCUCAAACAUGGCAGCUUUUCUAUUAGUCAGUGAGUGAAAUCUGCAUUUUCAUCCUCAUUUAGAACAUCCCCCAGAUUACAAUAUUUCCUGUACGCACGACUGCAUUUUGACCACUAGAUGAAAUAAUAAGAAAUGUGAAAGAAGUCUGAAUACUUUUUGAAUGCUCUAAAUAUGACUUGCGCACAAAUGAACACGCUGCUGCCAUUUUGUUUAACACAACUAGAAGCUAAAUAUAUCCAAAGCCAUGCUUUAAUAUUAUCUUCAUCAUAUUUCUUAGUCCUUUUCAAUCGUUGUAAAAAAAGAACAGUUUGAAGGCUAACAGAUGGAAUGAUUAUGUUGUUGUUUUUUUCUGUGAUAUAUUUAUUGUUUGAACAGUAACUUUAGCUUUGUGGAAGAAAAACACCUACACUUGUUGUUUUACCAGUUAUUCAUUGUGUUUGUUUUCACCUAUGCAAUACCUGUCUUUGGCAUUGUAUCUGCGUCUUGUUAAUCAUUGUUUUAAUUUUGAACAGUGGUGUCGUAUGUCCUCUGCAUGUGGAGAAAUCCUGCGUUUUUAUUUAUAUAGUGAAAGUCUAGCAAGCUGAACAGAGUAUUGAACAUUUUGAGGUAGCAAAAUUCACUGUGUAAUACCUCAUUUCUCCUUCAGCUUUACGCACUGUGUUGUGUUGAUGGGAAAGAUCACGCCUCGGUUUUCUGUAUUUGCUAAUAAAAUUCUGUUGUGGUAGAAAAUG